GAGUUCAAGCCGGAGCGGUGGGAGACGCGGCAGGCGGGGUGGAAUUCAUCCCGUUUGGCGCGGGCGAGCGGAAAUGUUUAGGACGUAAGCAAUCGNUUCCCCCCCCCCCCCCCCCCCCCCCUCCUUCUUCUUUUCUAUUGCCAUCAUUUCAAAUCUCGAUAUGUCUGACUUCUGACUCUGCAGAGCAAUUCGCCUUCACCGAGACCGGCUACGUUGUCGUGCGCAUGUGCCAGCGCUUCGACCAGAUCGAGAACAUGGAGGAGGGCGACGGUCGGAUCCGGCUGCACCAUGCGAUUGAGAAUCGGAGCGGGACGGGCGUGCAGGUGAGGCUGCACGAGGUGGAUUUCUAG